ACUUGAAACAAAUGCAUUUCCUUCCACCGCUUCCCCUUCACCUACUGCUGCUUCUCUUCUUCGUUAGUUCGUUACCAUGGCUUCGGCUACUCUCUCUGUAGCCAAUUCUGCUCUGCAGGCCAACGGCAAGGGCUUCUCGGAAUUCUCUGGCCUCCGCAACUCAUCCGCUUCUCUUCCCUUCGCCAGAAAAGCCUCCGACGAUUUGCUAUCCGUCAUUGCCUUCCAGACCUCCGUGGUUGGUGGAAACGGUCAGAAGAGAGGAGUGGUAGAGGCGAAGCUGAAAGUGGCAAUCAAUGGGUUUGGAAGAAUAGGGAGGAAUUUCUUGAGGUGUUGGCACGGGAGGAAGGACUCCCCGCUGGAUGUCAUCGCCAUCAAUGACACCGGCGGUGUGAAGCAGGCCUCACAUCUCCUCAAGUACGACUCCACCCUCGGCAUCUUCGAGGCCGAUGUCAAACCUGCUGGUGACAAUGCCAUCUCGGUCGAUGGUAAGAUCAUAAAGGUUGUCUCGGAUCGUAACCCCGUCAACCUCCCUUGGAAGGAUCUAGGGAUCGAUCUGGUGAUCGAAGGAACGGGUGUGUUCGUUGACAGGGAAGGUGCAGGGAAGCAUAUCCAAGCUGGGGCCAAGAAGGUGCUGAUAACAGCCCCCGGGAAGGGUGAUAUCCCAACCUAUGUGGUUGGGGUCAAUGCCGACACCUAUAACCCGGACGAGACCAUUAUCAGUAAUGCAUCUUGCACCACCAACUGCCUUGCACCUUUCGUCAAGGUCUUGGAUCAGAAGUUUGGCAUCAUCAAGGGUACCAUGACCACCACUCACUCCUACACCGGAGACCAGAGACUACUUGAUGCAAGUCACCGAGACCUCCGACGUGCAAGAGCUGCAGCCCUCAACAUUGUCCCAACAUCAACAGGUGCUGCCAAGGCCGUGGCGCUUGUUCUGCCGACCCUCAAGGGCAAGCUCAACGGAAUUGCUCUUCGUGUCCCCACUCCCAAUGUCUCCGUCGUGGACCUGGUUGUCCAGGUGUCCAAGAAGACCUUUGCUGAGGAGGUUAAUGCUGCAUUCAGGGAGUCUGCCGACAAGGAACUCAAGGGCAUCCUCUCCGUCUGUGACGAGCCACUUGUUUCCGUGGACUUCAGGUGCAGUGAUGUCUCUUCAACUGUUGAUGCUUCCCUCACCAUGGUUAUGGGAGAUGACAUGGUUAAGGUGAUUGCUUGGUAUGAUAACGAGUGGGGUUACUCUCAAAGGGUGGUUGAUUUGGCCGACAUCGUUGCCAACAACUGGAAAUGACCAAAUACAUUACUACUCUUUCAGUACUCAGCUCCGUCAUGAGUCACCAUUCAGGAGGGUGCCAUGCAUGCAUUUUUAAAGCGAGCUCUAUCGAUCUAAUUUGUCGAAAAUGUAUUGAAAUAAUGUAAACUUUGUUCUUUUUUUUUUAA